CUCAUUGGCUGUGAUUGCGUGACGGCCCUGAUUUAGGUGGCUCAUAAGGCCGGCCCAUUAGGCGUCGCGCCGUUAUAUUCAUCGGCCGGCGGCGACGCGCGGCCACUGCCGCGUGGCAUCAACUUUAACAGCUACGACAUCGACGAUAAAAACAACGACGACAUCGACCAGUGUGACGAGAGCGAGCAGAGCGGGCGGCGGGAGACGAGCGUGAAACGAGAUCAGGGGAGAUUAGGGGCGAGAGCGCGGAGGAGGAGGGGGGGUGGGAGCCGCCCGGCGCGGCAGCAGCCUCGCGAUGCUGUCGCACGCAGACAUGCUGGACUCGCGACUCGUGCAGAGGAACAUGUACUCCGCCGAGGGUCUCAAGGAUCACUCGGAGAUGCUGCGAGUCGCCGAGGCCAGCAAGUGUCGCCUGGUCGGGGUGGGGGGCAGCGGGAACGAGCACCCGUGCGUCUCGGGGGGGUGCGGGGGCCCCGACGGAGUCACGAUGCUGGGAGGGGACGAAAUGCAGAACCAGGGCCCCGGCGGCGGCGGCGGAGGAGGUGGUGGAGGUGGAGGAGUAGGAGGUGGAGGAGGUGGUGGUGGUGGUGGAGGAGGAGGCGGCUCGGGGCUGUCGGCUCUCAAGGAGCCGGACAGCAGCAAGCAGGCGGGGGUGGCGCCGCAGAAGCAGAAGCGGCACCGCACGCGCUUCACGCCCGCGCAGCUCAACGAGCUCGAGCGCAGCUUCGCCAAGACGCACUACCCCGACAUCUUCAUGCGCGAGGAGCUGGCGCUGCGCAUCGGCCUCACCGAGUCGCGCGUGCAGGUGCGUGCCGCGCGCGUGCAGGUCUGGUUCCAGAACCGCCGCGCUAAGUGGAAGAAGCGCAAGAAGACCACCAACGUGUUCCGCACCCCGGGGGCCCUCCUGCCGCCCGCGGGGCUCCCGCAGUUCCCUCCCUCCAUGGCCGACUCGCUGUGCUCCUUCCACGCGGGGGACGCGCGCUGGGGAGCCGCCAUGUCCGGGGUCUCGUCGCUGCCGCUGCCCCCGUCUCUGGGCCGCCAGCCCCAAAUGGGGCAAUCCCUCUCACAGUGCAGUCUGGGCGGGGGGCCCAAUCACAUGGGGCUGUCGAACGGCGGCGGGCUGCAGUCGCACCUGUACCAGCCCACGUUUCCCGGCAUGGUGUCCACGUCCCUGUCGGGCCCCGCGCAAGUGAGCACGGUCCCCACGGGGUCCCCGCAACUCUGCGGGUCUCCCGAAGUGGGGGACAUGUGGCGGGGCACGAGCAUCGCCUCCUUGCGCCGCAAGGCCCUGGAGCACACGGUCUCCAUGAGCUUCGCCUAGCAUAGGGGGGUAGAUAGGGAACGGGGGGUAAGGGGUGGAAGGGAUAAGAAACUGGGGGAGGGGGGGGGAGCAUUGGGGGAUCGGUGCUGGACCCCAGGGGACCGGGUUGGGGCCGGGUAGGAAAGAGUCCGACCUCGUCCGGUUCAGAGCCAGUUGGGUCGGCUCGGCCCCGAUUGUCUCCAAUCGGCUCUGAUCGGGCCCGGUCGGGUCGGGACCACGCGUUGCGCAAUUGACGGCACCCCGUGUGGGUUCCGUGCCACUGGAGCGAGGGGAGCGCCUGAUCCUGGCACAUGUGGGGUCUCUUUGGCGUCUCCAUGGAUGGAGUCUUUCAGGGAUCUCUGUGGGGUCUCGAUGGUUUCUCUAUGGGUCUCCAUGGCGUCUUCAUGGGGGUUCUGUGGAGUCUUUAUGGGUCCCGGUGUGCUCUCUGUAGGGCCUCUGUCGAGGCCCGGUGGAGUCUUUUCUGGGUCCCGACGAGGUCUCUGUGGGAUCUCUAUGGAGUGUCUAUGGGGUCCCGAUGGGGUCCCGGUGGGCUCUCUAUGAUGUCCCUGUGAGAUCUCUAUGGGGUCCCUGUGAGAUCUCUAUGGGGUCCCUGUGAGAUCUCUAUGGGGUCCCGACGAAGUCUCUGUGGAGUCUUUAUGGGGUCCCGGUGAGGUCCCGAUGGGGUCUCAGUGGGGUCUACAGGGGUCUCGGGGGAACGUCCUUUGUACAUACGCGGCUGCGCGCCGCCCCGUGUUCGUGAGUGUCUGUACCCCGUAUCCAUCCCGUGUCGUGUUUUGCUCUUUCACCGUCCCGUGCUUGACCGUAUGAAAUUACAGUAUAUAGGCCUACAGUAUAUAUAUAUACAGUCUAUAUGACCCCGAGAGAGAGGGAGAGCGGGGUCACGGAGCGACCCGCAGCGGCGACGCGGGGUCUCUCGAUUGGCGCGCGACGGCUCCUCCUCCCCCGCCACCCGCGAGUCUACUAACGAGGAGGCAAUUAAGGGAUUUGUUAAUGAACGCGUUAAUUGGUUGAUUGAUUUAGCGACUCCGCUGUUCGUUUUGUACCCGGAGCCGCGGGGCCGCGCUUUGAAUUAAAGUGACCGAACGA